ACUACCUUAUCCUGUGCAGUAUUGCCAGUAGAUUAAAGCCUGCCUCUCUCUCUCCUCUCUCUCUCUCUCUCUCUCCCCCACACACACACACAAACCCAGAAGAAAAUGGGUGAUAGUAACCAAAAACUUCAUGCUAUCAUGAUUUCAUUCCCUUUCCAAGGUCAUAUAACCCCUUUCGUGCACCUAGCAAUAAAGCUUGCUUCGAAGGGCUUCACCAUCACUUUCGUCCAUACCGAGUUUAUCCACCACCAGAUAACCAAAUCCCAGCCACACAAAACAAUUGAACCCCAAGUUUUUUCCGAAGCACGUAAAUCUGGUCUUGACAUCCGUUACACGACGAUUACCGACGGCCUUCCAUUGGAGUUCGACCGAUCUUCAAAUAUGAAGCAGUAUUGGGACUCCAUCAUGCAAGUUUUCCCGACCCACAUAGAUGAGUUCGUGAAUAACAUGGUUAAGUCACAUCCAUUGUCGGCCUUUUUCCUUGUCACUGACACUCUUUAUGCCUGGCCAGCAACAAUUGCCAAGAAGUAUAACUUUGUCAUUGUUUCAUUCUGGACGCAACCUGCCUUGAUUUUCACUUUAUACUAUCAUUUGGACCUUCUAAUAAAAAAUGGGCAUUUUGCCUCCAAUGAUAAUCGCAUGGACACAAUUGCUUACAUACCCGGGGUCAAAGCAAUAGAACCCAAGGACUUGACAUCAACUCUUCAGGAAACUGACACAACAACGCUGGUACACCGAGUAACUUUCAAAGCAUUUGAGGAGGUCAAGAAAGCAGAUAUUGUUAUAUGUAACACUGUGGAAGAACUUGAAUCUGAAACAAUCUCAGCUCUACAUCAGAAGUCGCCCAUCUAUGCAAUUGGGCCCAUUUUCCCUCCUCGCUUCACCAAAAGCACUGUGGGUACCAGCCUGAGGGCCGCGUCAGACUGCACUGAGUGGCUUAAUACCAAGCCUCAUGGGUCAGUUUUAUAUGUUGCAUUUGGUAGCCUGGUACGUAUUAGUGAACAUGAUAUGGCGGAGAUAGCCCAUGGCCUUUUGCUUAGUGAAGCUAAUUUUAUUUGGGUGCUUCGACCUGGCACAAUAGGUUCGGAUGGUACUAAUAUCUUGCCUGUCGGAUUUGAAGAUUCAAUCAAAGAUCGAGGUAUGAUAGUGCCAUGGUGCAACCAGAUUGAGGUGCUCUCACAUUCCGCAGUUGGAGGGUUUUUAACUCAUUGUGGGUGGAAUUCGUUAUUUGAAAGUAUUUGGUUUGGUGUCCCAUUAAUAUGUUUUCCUUUUGCUUACGAUCAAAUUACGAAUAGAAAAUUAGUGGUCAAUGAUUGGAAGAUUGGAAUCAAUUUACGGGAUGAGAAAUCAAUUACAAGGGGGGAAGUUGGAGAGAAAAUUAAUCUUCUGAUGCGUGGAACUAAGUCAGACGAGCUAAGGAAAGAGAUGAACAGAGUGAAAAAGACACUAGAGAAUGCAUUGGCCACCGAUGGAUCAUCCGAGAAAAACUUUAAACAGUUCAUCAAGAAUGUGAAGGAACUAAUGAGGAAGAGAAAUGGACUUUCCAUUUGACAUGAAAAAUCAUUGUCCACUCGUGCUUGCAUCGACGGUGUUCUAACAUUGCCAAUCGUUGUGAGCUGGUUUUUUUCUUUGUUCAGUGAAAGAAUUUUGUGAGAUAGAGGUCCAACUGGCUCUGUAUUUGUACUUUGUAUGAUUAUGGAAGAAAUAAAUAAACACCAGAGGGAGAGAGGUUACCCAAGGAAGGAUAAUCUUUGUUUUCCUGUUUUUCGUGUGGGUAAUUGUACCAUCUCUGUUAACACUGUUAAGUGAAAAAUAAUCGCAUACUUUGUAAUUUCAAAAACUAACAAAUUAUCGCUUAUGCUUUAUUUGGUAUUGAUGGUAUUC